AUGAAUACCAGUAGGAACUGCACCGCACUCGGGAAUGGAGAGGGUCUGGCUGCCCUGGAGUCUGUCUCCAUCGUGACCAUCACGCUCCUGGCCUGCCUUGGGAAUCUCUUGAUCGUGGUGACCCUCUAUCGGCGGCCGUACUUACUCACACCCAGCAACAAGUUUGUGUUCAGCCUUACCCUCUCCAACCUGCUGCUGUCAAUGCUGGUGCUGCCAUUUGUGGCCGUGAGCUCGGCAAAGAGAGAGUGGGUGUUUGGGGUGGUGUGGUGUAACUUUACUGCCCUGCUCUACCUGCUCAUCAGCUCUGCCAGCAUGCUCACCCUGGGGGCUAUUGCCAUCGACAGGUAAGUGCUUGAUUAUGAUCACAACAAUAUUGGAAAACUAUUCUGUUCAAUUUCUUUGCAUUGUAUUUUGUGUAUUUGCAUUUUUACAUUUGUAUACCUACAAAAGGGUUAGAAAAAUCCAGUAUCAACACUGUUUUGCCUCUGCUAUUGGUCUCCACAAACUUCCGAGUGACGAAUUUGGGUUUUAAGUUGAUUAAUGUUUGAGCGAGCCCAAUGACAAGUCACUAAUUUUGUCAGUCUGCUCUUAUAAAGGAGGAGUCAAAGUGUCUGAAUGUGUCUGUGGGCCGUAACACCAAAACAAUAAGCUAAGCGAUACUUGUUGGGCUGGGGAAACUUAAGGGCUAUGUGAUAUUUUCCCUUGUAUCAUCACAGGACACCUUUUCAUAGAACAUUAACUAUAAGAAACCUUAAAACAAAAUUUCACUGCAGCAGUAACCUCACAGUUGCAGUUGUUCACACCCCUGAAGCAAAGCACCAAAAUACCAGAACCACUGAUGUUAAUCACAGGCAAGUGGUAUGGGAUCGCGGUUGUUAGGCACGGCAUUGCUGAAAAGGAGGUCCUUAAAUUAUCAUGAUUGUUCCGUAGUCAUACAACAGCUCAUGAACCAGAAAAAGUACCUAUUGAUCUACGCAUCCAAGAUACUUGGAUCUAUAGAAACACAGAGAUAUCAGUGAAUGGAUGUUUGUUAAUUUCUACAGUAGUAGUUUGACUGUUUGGCACUGAAGCAUAAACAACAGUGGUCUGAUAGCAGCAAAAAUAAGGGUAUACUCUGAUGGCAAAAUGUCAACAGUUUGUGUGAUACAAAUAUUUUACAUCAAAAUACCCAUCACUGUAACUAUUACUUGUUGAUUUGACAACUCCAAGCCCAUAACUCUAACAAGUUAAGGUUAGUGGAACAGCGCCACUUUCCUGAACAGUUGUCUCCUAGGAUACAGCAAGUAAAACCAGACCUCAUUUCCUCUGUUAGAUCAGAUUUGUAUCACUAAGUUUCUCUGUUUUAUCAGAAAUGAGUGGAGUUAUAUUAAUAUUUACUUACCCUGAUAAAUUUGUGCACCUGAUUUCUUCAAACCUAGCAUGAGAUUGAGUCAUUUUUGUUUGCUCUCUGGCUUCAAUUGAAAUAUAUUCAGUUUGACAAACUUGCAAAGUUCUUGGUGUGUUUCCCUUUAAGGUCAGUAUGCAGCCUUGUAAAUACAAUUUGUUCACCAAUCCAACCGAGAGAUUUUCCCAGCUCAAGUAUGAAGCAUUAGACAGGCUCUCGCAAAGUAACCUUGAAUGUUUACCGACAUGAAUGCACUGUUCAUGUGCUGCAGGGGCCGGGAUUAUUUCCCAUUGAUUCCUAUUUUUAGAACUAAUCCUUCACAGAUACAGCUAAUCCAGCAAACUGAACUUUGCCUUUUAAGUCAAAGAAUGUUUGUGCUUUGUUUGAGGUUACCAGAUAUUACCUGGUGGUGGAGAACUACUGUGUGGUAUGUCAGCACAGUUGAUUUUAGUCGGACCAGUCAUGACAAAAAAAUAAACAUUGUUUUCAUUCUGAGGGUUGUCAAUUCUGCCGAACUAAAAAUUCAACAAGGUCUCUUUUGCUCCGGGUAAACUUUGAAUGAGGACCUGCACUUAUUGGUGGAACAAAAUCACCCAACAAAUGAAUCAGUGGUAGAAAUAUUGGUGAUUGCAGCAAGUUCAGUUGAGGACUUUAAGUGGUUAGAUCUGACGUUAAAUGCUCUAUCAUGUUUUUCCAGUUGUUGGUGUCCACAAAGGUCUGUUAAUGUUAGCAGCUGAGAUCUACAGUAAUGUGCUGUGAAGCAUACAGUCUUCUCUGUUCUCGCUGCUCUUCUAAUUACCUCAGCACCUUAUGGGACUUCUGAUUACAGUACGUGUUUUUGUUCUCCGGCCAAGCCACUCAUUUUCUGCUCUGUUUGCAGUUUUUCACUUCCCAGCUUUGUUCAGGAGGAUAAAGUGCAGCUUCUGGCUCCUGUAUCACUCGCUCAAAUCGGAGCCGUCUCUGUGGUGCUUGGACCUAAAGGUCUCCUCUGGGAUCUCUGUGGAGUUUUCUUUCUGUAGAGUCCCUCACGCCUCACUCUUUUUCUCUUGCAGGUACUACGCUGUGCUUUACCCGAUGAUCUACCCGAUGAAGAUCACAGGAAACCGGGCAGUCGUCGUCAUCGCCUAUGUGUGGUUACACUCCCUGCUGGGCUGUCUGCCUCCUCUUUUCGGCUGGUCGUCCUUCGAGUUUGACUGCUUUAAGUGGACAUGUGUGGCAUCCUGGCACAGGGAGCCCAGCUACACCGUCUUCUGGGUCACCUGGUGCACCCUUCCCCCAUUUGUCAUCAUGCUGGCCUGCUACGGGGUCAUUUUCCGAGUUGCCCGCAUGAAAGCCCGGAAAGUUCACUGCGGGACAGUAGUCGUGGCCCAAGACGACUCCAAUGGAGCCCAGAGAAACGGACGCAAAAACUCCAGCACAUCAACUUCCUCCAAUGGUAGCAGACGGAGCCUGGUGUACGCAGGAAGUCAGUGCAAAGCCUUCGUCACCAUCUUAGUGGUGAUUGGCACUUUCCUCGUCACCUGGGGGCCGUAUGUUGGGGUGGUUUGCACAGAGGCUUUGUGGGGACAGGGGAGUGUGUCUCAGGGAUUGGAGACUCUGGUGGCAUGGCUGUCUUUCUGCAGCGCCGUGUGCCACCCACUCAUCUACGGUCUGUGGAAUAAAACGGUGAGGAAGGAGCUGCUGGGGAUGUGUUUUGGGGAUCGCUAUUACAGAGAGUCGUUUGCUACGCGACAAAGGACUUCCCGCCUCUUUAGCAUCUCAAACAGAAUCACAGGUGAGAGAGCAGCAGUGACUUAAUGUUACAGAUCACUUCAACAUUGUUUACAUCAUUUGGCUAAUGAAUGUAGAAUGAGUAUGUAUACGUAAACGCAAAUGUAUAGUUCUGCAUACAGUGUUUUUACACAUAGACAUGACUGUUUUGGCUCAUGAAAGUGGGUCAAUAUAAAUCUAAAUCAAACUUUUUGUGUAAACUGUAAAAAGAAUCAAAUAUAGGUAGGUUGAAUGCAUUUGUUUUACAGGUAUGGUCUGUUUAUCUUCAGAUUCUUAAGUUGCCAUGAUUUCAUAUGUUGUAUGAAUGCUUCCCCGUGUCCCUUCAGAUCUGGGUAUGUCCCCACAUUUGACAGCCAUGCUGGCUGGUGGAGGUCACCUGCUGGCCCCAGGGAGCAGCACAGGAGACACAGGCUUCAGUUUCACUCAGGACUCAUGUAAGUGUCGCACACAGGAAGCCUACAAAAUGAGGGGAAGUGUGUCCUCAAAGUGUUUACUAAAUCUAAAAUCAUACUUAUUGCCUCAAUACACCGUCAAAUCAAAGAUCGAGUAUGUCGGCUACAACCAAUGUAAAAAACAUUUCUCAUUAUAUUUCUCUUUUUUAUGUUCAUUUAAUUAUCAUUUGCUUCAUGAAUUGUGGAAAAAAAAGGGUGAAAAUGUCCAUCACAAAAUAGUUACAGUAAAGGAAUUUGUGCUUCUUCUUUAAAUAUGUUUCAUCAAACUAAAAAUUUAAAAUCCAAGUAUUUAGUUUGAAAUGAAAAAACGUUUGAGAACCUGUAAAAGCUGCCAUCUGACCUGAAAGAAAGGUGUAACAGUAUUUUACCUCUAAUUUGUUUGUUUAUUUGACACUAUAAAAAUACACACACGACACUACCUCAAUUAUGUUUGCAUUUCACAAAUUAAAAAACAAUAAAUUGACGGACAAAAAAUAGAGCAAAAUACAAUAAUACAGUUAAAACAGAGCUUAACGAAGAACAGAGAAUCUAAUGGACUUGAUUAGUUUGCUGUUAAUUGAAGUAUCAACUGAGAAUUUAUCCAUGUAUUUGGAACUACCACGAAUUAGCAGGACUUUUUACAUCGGCAGUUGUUUCCUGUUUUUUUUGGCACGUGAUUGUUUGACCUGAGUUUGAACAUUAGACAGAGCUGAAGUGACUCAUGGUACAUGUAACCAUGAGGUUUGAAAGGCUGACAGAUGGUCCUAACCGACUCUGUUGCCUCAUACUCCCUCAGCGUAACAGUCAGUCUCACAUUCCUGAAUCACAGCUCAUGUUUUUAGCUCAGGAUGACACAAGAGGGGGCAAGUGUUGUCAAGUGUAUCACAAACCGUGUGUUCAAAUGUCCGAUUGAGAUGAUCCUGUUUGUGAAUUAAGUAUCUAUGAACUUAAUUUUUCGACUUCUUGUGUGUCCACUGCAGGCACAGAUGUGAUGCUGCUGGAUAACUUCUCCACAGACGGCUGCUCUCAUUCACAGCUCAGCGGGGCCCUGUCUGCGAAGAGGAGGAGCUCGGUCACCUUUGAAGACCAGGUGGAGCACUCCAAAGGUAUUUGUUGUUCCCCAGCUCCAGGAAAGAUUAAAGACCAGGGUGUUUACCUCGUACUCGCGGUGGUUUUGUGGUCAGCAAACUACUUAUCUAAACACAAGGUUUGUUUGCCUCCAAAUGAUCCAGUAUUUGUCUUUCUUCCUCAGCUGAAAACACCAAUAUGUCCUCGGUUCAAGUCCACGCAGAGGUACACAAAUCUCUGGACACCUUUGCUACUUGUCUGGCUAAAGCCAUUGAGAGUGACGCAAAGCUCACCAUGUUUGGAGAGGGUCUGACUUUACCGGGGGGACUGUUUACAACCAGGUCAGCGCCAAGGCCCAGGUACCUGGACGGUCAGAGACUGAGGCUGGAGAGUAUUGAUGAAGGUAUCGUUAAAGACGACAGAGAUGAAGAAGAAGAACAGGAUGUGGAGGAGAAACCGGCCUGA